AUGUCUUCCCCAAUUCCACCCAAUCCUCCGCGAUGGGAACCCAGUAAAGACCCAGCAAACAUUGUAGUGCCAGGAUUGGACACAAGUGCUGCUGUAAAUGAUCAAAUAGAUCAGAUUGAGCAGCUUAUUACCAUCAAGCUGCAGAAUAUCGAUGCAAAUUUCUCCAGGAUUCAGCAUCUUAUGUCCACAAAAUUGUUGCCUGCGGUGAAAAGGUAUGCUGUCAGUACCGAGCCAGUGAGAGAGGCAGCCAAAUUCUGGACCUCAUUCUACGAGGAAGCUGCGCAAGUCAGGAUACCUACCUACGAAGAAUAUUCUUCUCUCCACGAACAGCAAUCCCAGUCUGACUAUGAAGGAUCUCACAGCGACACUACUCCAGCUCGUACGCAGAGUUAUGGUCCCAACGCCACUUCUUCCGAUAGCUCCUUCAUGCCUGGCCAAGGUGCCAUAUCCUCUACGCCUGCCACGACAUCUCGGCAUCGUACUAUGCAUCCUCACGACAGCUUUGCAAGUCAAGACUCGCAUGAUCAGCCGUCCUGGGCUGCCUCUAUCGAAUCUCCUCUUGUCCGACUGGAUCGAGAGAUUCAGGAUCUCAACAAAGGCGAGCCAUCAUUACAUGCGCCAUCUGUUCAUUCUUCGUACAUCGACGAUAGCAUUGUAUCUGACGAGGACUACGAGGAAGAAGAUACAAUACAACAGAGGGUUGGCAAAGGAAAAUCAAGAGAUGCCUCUGGAACACUGCUUAAUAGCGUUUUACGCCAGAACUUGCGAUAUGAUCAAAGUUCUUCCAGUGCUCUUCCUACUCCGCGAGCCAGGAAUACACCUAGCAGUCGCGUGUCUCCUCUCAAGCUUAAACCCAAAACCCCAGUGCCCAAACACCUUAAUCCUUAUCUUCCUCCCAAUACUGAGCCAUCUCAGUGGACAGGAGUCGUUGAUCUACGCGACCCUUCAGUCGCCACCCCCAAUCGCCCACGCCGUGGCAAAUCACAUCAGAAGCAAGACUCGUCGUCGACAAUUGAUAUACCUUCACUGACUUCAAUUGCUGCUCCCAGCGGAUAUCAAUUCAAUGACUCUUUCGAUGACUCAAUGGACUUGAUUCCUGGGAUGUCUCCUCCCGUUAUGAUGCAGUUUGCUCGUGCGCCGCGGUCAUCCAUCGGUCUGGGAUUACUGCCAAAACUAGGUCGAACACCAGGGAAGGAAGCUGCGAAGCGUAUCGGACGUGAUUUACUUGGUGACAUACAAAGAAGUGCGUUCAAAUUACAGCUGGAUGAGCACGCUAGUGGGUUAGGAGCUCCGAGCGGAAGGUAUGGGACAGACUCUACCAUGAGUACCAUACCGACGCCUCCCUCGUUAUCUCGCUAUACUCGCUCUGCACAUCCGUAUGACAGCACUGAUAGCGUAACCAUCGAUUCAAGCCUCGAGAACAUGAUGCGACGUGUGGGUCUAAAUGUGCCAUCCUCUACGUCAGCCUCGAUAUCUUCAGCUACUGGAGGGAGUCGAUCCAUUUCGACAGAACACGAUGUCGGCAACUCUGCCUUUGUGCCUUCGCCUAUACCAGAGCCGGAACUAAAGACGCCCGAUCAACAACGUUAUGACGUGCUUCACUUACAGGAUGAGGAAGAAUUAAUAGAUGUGGCAGUACCGGAUCAGCAGGGGGAAGAUUCAGAUUCGGACUCUGAUUCUCUUGAUGAAACACACAAUCCUGGCCAACCUUCGACCGCGUUCUUAAUGGCAUCUCAGCACGGAUCUGACGACUCCUUUGGGUCGUCAAAUCAUUCUAGUGAUUCGUUCAACGAAGAGCAUGACGAAGGCGGAUCUGCACCUAUUCAUCCGUUUGCAAGAGUAGCAGGCGAAGUAGAAGGGGAUGGAUUUGAUGAUUCUUUUGAAGAGGAGGCAUUCGCGGAAAAUCAGGAGGAAACGGUGUUUGGCGUUCCCCCAGCUCAAAGGCUACAGGCAGCUAAUAGCAACUCUGCUGGACGGCUGAAGUUGCUUGGUGAAGAUUUAUUACAGGACACUAUUGGAAUUGGGACACAACUAGCAAAAGCUGGAAGAGUGGAGGAGAGUCCUACGCCUUUUGGUGGGAUGCGUUAAUAUUAUUGGACAAGUUGAUAGUCAGAAAUAUACUUUCGUUAUCUAC